UCGCACGCUGCCGGUCGAAACUCCGGCCAGUGCCCAGCGCAGAGACCGAAGCGCUCGGUUCUCCCCCGACCACCACCACGCCGGGGGCCGAAGUUAGGGCGGGUGGGGGCCCAGGCCCGGGGGAUGCUGGGCUCGGUGAAGAUGGAGGCCCGUGACCUGGCCGAGUGGAGCUACUACCCGGAGGCGGGCGAGGUGUAUUCUCCAGUGACCCCCGUGCCCACCAUGGCCCCUCUAAACUCCUACAUGACCUUGAACCCUCUCGGUUCUCCCUACCCCCCAGCAGGGCUCCCUGCCUCCCCGCUGCCUUCAGGACCACUGGCACCUCCAGCCCCCACAGCACCCCUGGGGCCCACCUUCCCAGGUCUGGGAGCUGGAGGUGGUGGUGGUGGAGGAGGAGGAGGAGGAGGAGGAAGCAGCUCCGGGUAUGGAGGCCCUGGGCCUGGCCUGGUACAUGGGAAAGAGAUGCCCAAGGGCUACCGACGGCCCCUGGCCCACGCCAAGCCUCCUUAUUCCUACAUCUCGCUCAUCACCAUGGCCAUCCAGCAGGCUCCAGGCAAGAUGCUGACGCUAAGCGAGAUCUACCAGUGGAUCAUGGACCUCUUCCCGUACUACCGGGACAACCAGCAGCGCUGGCAGAACUCCAUCCGCCACUCGCUGUCCUUCAACGACUGCUUCGUCAAGGUGGCACGUUCCCCGGACAAGCCGGGCAAAGGCUCCUACUGGGCCCUGCACCCCAGCUCGGGGAACAUGUUCGAGAACGGCUGCUACCUGCGUCGCCAGAAGCGCUUCAAGCUGGAGGAGAAGGCGAAGAAAGGGAGCAGGAACCCUCACGCGGGCUCCACCAUCGCCGCCGCCGCCGCCCCGGCGCAGCCCCAGCCUCCGCCCCCCGAGCCUGAAGCCCAGGGUGGGGAAGACGUGGGGGCUCUGGACUGUGCCUCGCCGGCUUCCUCGACCCCCUAUUUCGCCGGCCUGGAGCUCCCAGGGGAACUGAAGUUGGAUGCACCCUACAACUUCAACCACCCCUUCUCCAUCAACAACCUGAUGUCGGAACAGACACCAGCGCCUCCCAAACUGGACAUGGGGUUUGGGGGCUUUGGGGCUGAGAGCGGGGAGCCCGGCGUCUACUACCAAGGCCUCUAUUCCCGCUCCCUGCUGAAUGCAUCUUAGCGGGGGGUGGGGUUGGGAGCAUGGUGGUGGGGGACACAGCUCUGAUUGACUCCAGGC